AUGGUCAGUAAAGAAAGCGGCAAAUGCGUACUCACGACAUCGGAGAGUGACGUGGAGCCUGCCGCCUGCCUGGCCCUGGAGAUGAAGUACGCGCUGGACCCCAACCGGCAGAUCAAGAAACGGAAUAAAGCCCUCCAGGUGCGGUUUAAGGAUAUCUGUGAGGCGCAGAACGAGCAGAGGGACCCGCAGCUCUCAGCGGGACAGCCGGGCGAGAAGCGCGAGGCCAAGCCCGUGUCCUACAGGGCGGCCUACCGCAAAUACAUGACCGUGCCCGCCCGGAGGUCCAUCCCCAACGUCACCAAGAGCACAGGCGUGCAGACCUCACCGGACCUAAAGAAGUGUUACCAGACCUUCCCGCUGGACCGCAAAAAGGGGAACCUCAAAAGCAUUCCCGCUGCAGAUGCUUUUAAGAAUCAAAACAAUGGGUUUGCAUCGGACACGAAGGAGAAGCGCGAGGAAGGACUGGGGGAGGAGGCCCGGCCGUGGGGUGCCGGCCGGGUACACAAGACGGCAGCCUUGGUUUUCCACUCCAACGAACACAUGAACGCCCUGGACCAGCCUGCCGGGGCCAACUGUGCAGAGCCGUGCAGAAACCCUGAUGUGCACAGCUGCCCAGAUGAGCCACUCCAGAACUCCGCCCGGCCUCCCUCCCAGGAGCCCGAUUACCAGCUGCACGGGAGAGCAAAGCACGACGGGGCAACACCAGACCCCGAGGCAGCUGCUCUGUCGGUCCACGGGACCGUGUUUAAAACCGAGGUGGCCACCGUUUACGCACCUGCCCCCAGCGCGAAGGCCCCCGAGGAUGCCUUGUCAAACUCUGCCGCCACGAGCGAACGGCCCCUUUGCCCGGCAGCCGACCCGGAGCGGAGGAGAGCCCCGCGUCUCAACGGGCUCCAGGGCCCCCAGGGCCCCGCGGCGGCCUGCUCGCCCCCGAUGCAGUGCCUGUCCCCCGAAUGUAGCGAGCAGCCCCCGCAGACUCGAGCCCCGCCGGGCGAGGAGAGCCAGCCUUGGCCCUCGGCCACCGCGGUGGGCGAGGAAUGCCGACAGAUCGUGCCCCGCACAGAAGUUGUCGAUCUGAAAGCGCAGCUGCAAGUGAUGGAGGACCUGAUCAGCUCCAGCCAGGAAACCAUCAAAGUGCUCCUGGGGGUCAUUCAGGAGCUGGAGAAAGGAGAGGCCCAUCGGGAAGGGCUUUCAUAUCGGACGGGGCAAGACACAGCUAAUUGUGACACAUGCAGGAACAGUGCAUGUAUUAUCUAUAGUGUGGAGCUGGACUUUAAGCAGCAAGAAGACAAGCUCCAGCCAGUUCUGAAGAAACUCCAUCCUUUUGAGGAGACUCAGGUCGCACCUUCGCCUUACUCUCAGGAGCCCUACUCCGCGACUCACAAGCAAAAAUCCAAACCCGAAUCUAAAAAGCACGGAAGAUGGAAACUCUGGUUUCUUUAA